GAAGAUAAAAAAGUAUAACGUUAUCUGGAAAUAUGAAAUCGCUUCACAUUCCUGUAGUCGGCCUUCUCUUUCUCCUCAGCGUUCAACACAUGAGCACAUUCCCGCUUCAAAACACAGCCUUAACAAACGACGACAUGGGUGUCUUAAAGUUUCUCCUUCAGCGACUUGAAGAGUCAAUUCCUGCUCAAGACCAAACAUCGGCGGGAAGAGAAGAAAAGGCGGCCAAUAUUGAAGAAACCCGAGCUGAAACGCUGUCCGAUACUUUCUUGAGAGAGUAUCUUUCUGCUCGGGACUUAAAGACUGUGCGUAAAGACUCAAAGAAGAGAAACUCCGGGUGUUUCGGGAGCAAACUGGACAGAAUCGGUUCAAUGUCGUCUUUGGGAUGUAACACAGUCGGGCGCUCAGGUCCCAAGAAGAACUGAAGUCUUAAUGAUUAGAAAUUCUACACUGUAAGAAAAAUGAAUAUGUGCAGGUGUUGUUUCUACUUGAUUUAACCUUACAAUGACCUCUUUUGGUAACCUAAUGAAUUCAGGUUAAUACGAAAUAUAUGUAUUUUUUACUUAGAAAGUUACAUUUGUUACCAUUUGAAGUAUAUUUCAAGGUUAACUGACACAAUAUUUUUUACAGUGUCAUUAUCUCCAAUU